AUGUUCCAGUGGCUUCAUGUGGACGCUGGAAUGGAUGGCUUUGAGCAUGGUCUUGAGAUAAUGGUCGAUAGCCGGCGCAAUCCGGACUGGAAUCCAUUUAUCGAUCCCUAUCCUGGCAGAUGCGAAAUCGACAAGCGGCGCUUGAGAGCGCGUGUUUUGAAAACUACUUAUGUUUACGAUUAUCCACUACUUUUUGAGCGUGCUAUCCUGGCUAUGUGGCCCAAUGAGCCAAACGAAAGACCACAAAAAUUGGCUGUAUGUCAGUUUCACGAGCUGAUUUAUGAUGAAAGUACAAAGCAGCUUAUCGAAAUGGAAGAACCUGGCACAUUGAGCAAAAUUGGAAUGGUUGCAUGGCGUGUUAAAAUGCUUGUUCCGGAAUAUCCGGAAGGGCGAGAAGUGGUUGUUAUUGCAAACGAUAUUUCACAUCAGAUUGGCUCAUUUUCAAUGCGCGAACACCGGCUCUACUAUGAAGCUUCACGUUUAAGCCGAAAAGAAGGAAUACCACGGAUUUACAUUGCUGCAAAUUCCGGCGCUAGGAUUGGUUUGUCUGCUGAUGUUAGUUUCGUUCUGUUUCGCUUUCCUCCAUCUUUUCGAUUCGGUUUUCUCUUCCUCUUUUUUAAGCUUUGCCGUCGCGUUCUACCCACCAAUACCCGUUUGUUUGCGGACAAGAUGCAAAGUCUUGGUUACUUUGGGCAUUGA